UUCACAAUUUUUUUUUUGUUUUUUUGACGAACCCUAGUUUAUUUUGCUCCUUAUUCGUUCUGGAAUUGGUUUAGCUAUUAAAAUUUGUAAAAAAAAAAUUUUAAUUCUAGGGUUUUACAUUUGCUAUUUUAUAAAAUUUGUUGAGGUUGAAGAUGGUUUGAAUUAGAGUUCAUGCUUUGCUGGGUAAUUACAACUGGGAUUUUUGUGGUGAGGGUGGUGCUUUAAAGAAUAGGAAAAUUUUGGCUUGUCGCAAAGUUUACUUUAGGAAGUCUUUCAAAGGGUUGAAAUCUCAAGAGAAUUCCCAAAAUUGAGCGUGAUCUUAAUUCUGGUAAGGAGCUUGGUUUUCACAGAUUUGAAGUUGCUUCUGAGGAUUUUUCAUCUCGAAGUCUAUUUUGUCAACAGGUGGGGGACGGCAUGAGUUAUUCUCAGGUGGAUAACCGGAUUUCAAUUGGUUUGGUGUAUAAGACAAAGAAGGAGAGACGUGAACUGAGGAAAAAGCUUGAGGAUGAGCUCAACUUGGUUAGGAGUUUGGUUAAGAAGCUCGAACGUAGUGGUAGCAGUUUAAGGUCUUUGGAGGAAGAUGGUAAUAAUGAUGUGGUGAAGUUGAAAAGAGUUCACUCUGAGGUUGGUUCUGUUGGUUGGAACGACGGUAGGCCGAUUGAUCAGUUGAGUAUUACUGUUCCUGAACUUAGUCAAGGUGCUAGUGAAAAUAUGGACAAAGAGAAGAGGACCCCUAAAGCUAAUCAGUUCUAUCAGAAUUCAGAUUUUAUUCUUGGUAAGGAAAGAAUCCCAUCUACGGAACCAAACAAGAAGUCGAAGGUUAUGGGGAAGAAGAACGGAGAGUCGGGACUUGGAAUUGGAAUGAGCAACUCUUCAAGUAAGGCUUUCAAGAGCUGUACUUUAUUGCUUGAUAAGUUAAUGAAACACAAGCAUGGAUGGGUUUUUAACACCCCUGUUGAUGUAAAAGGCCUUGGUUUGCAUGAUUAUUUUACAAUUAUUAAACAUCCAAUGGAUCUGGGAACUGUUAAGACCAGGUUAAAUACUAAUUGGUACAAAUCUCCUAAGGAAUUUGCUGAGGAUGUGAGACUCACUUUCCACAAUGCAAUGACAUAUAAUCCCAAGGGGCAUGAUGUCCAUAUAAUGGCAGAUAUACUCUCUAAAAUUUUUGAGGAGAAGUGGAGCAGUAUAGAGGCGGAAUAUAAGCACGAGAUGAAAGCUUCGGCAGACUAUGAAGCUAGUCUUUUGACUCCAACAUCAAGAAAGACUCCUUCUGCUCCACCAUUACGGCCACCUCCAGUUGAUAUGACUAAGAAAAUGGAUAGAUCAGAAUCUAUGACGGCUCCUGCUGUGAAACCAAAAAAUCCAAAUUCUGCACCAAUAGGCAGGCCUACUGUUCCUAAGAAGCCAAAGGCAAAAGACCCUAAUAAGAGAGACAUGACAUAUGUGGAGAAGCAGAAGCUUAGCACUGACCUUCAGAAUUUACCCUCAGAGAAGCUUGACAAUGUUGUCCAUAUAAUUCGGAAAAGGAAUCCGUCACUCUGUCAAAAUGAUGAUGAGAUAGAGGUGGACAUUGAUAGUGUUGACACUGAGACUCUUUGGGAGCUGGAUAGAUUUGUGGUGAACUUCAAGAAGAAUUUAAGCAAGAUUAAAAGGGCUGAGCUAGCCCAGCUUAGAGAUGAUACUGAGCCAAUUGUGGAGGAUGAGGCGCCGUUAGUCCUGGAACAACCAAAGGAAAACAAAGCUGCAGAAGAGAAAAAUGACCCUUUAUUGCCUCCUACUCAACAUGAAAAGAAAGUUGGCAAGCCUAUCCAGUCAAAUAGUUCAAAAAGCUCUGGCAGCGAUUCUGGAUCCUCAUCUAGUGAUUCUGACAGCGAUACUUCUUCAAUCUAAGUGUCAGAAACAACCAAUAUCAUGGGAUACGAGCUGCGAUUUUGGGAGGUAAAAAAAGGUGUUAUGAGACGUUUAGUUAAUGUAAGAGGUGUGGCGUGUAGCUAUAUGCUGCUACAAGACAUGGCCAUCUGACAUUCUGGUAUAAGUUUAGUCUAUCAUAUAUUACCACUGCAGAAGAGCCUCAACAGGAAAUCAAACUGAUUGCCUUGAAUGAGAUUAUGGGUUAAUGUAAGAGGUGUGUGUAGCUUUACAGAAGAACUAUGGGUUGUGUUGAAGUUCAUUCUAACAACGCAAUAUCAAUCACAUAACAUUUGAACUGUAUUUGGUUGUUCAUGGACUGUACAUCUAUCUAUUUAUAGAAAUUCACCGUCUCCUUCGUUUUCAUAGUGAGGCCCACCACUUUUUCUUGUCUUUCGUGUUUCUUUUCUUCUCUUUUGUGGCAAGAUUGCUAUAUUCGAGCUAUAAUACACUAGGAAUUUCCCAUUUGAUAUUAUUUAUUCCCCCAGUCCCUCUCAUUUUGCCUUAUUACUAUUUUGCGGCCUCACUCAUUUUGCAUCAUUUCCCUAUUUGGAAAUGAACCCACCACUUUCUUUUAAUUUAUUCCACGCAAUUGAAUCUCUCUUUCAUUUAUAGCCAAAAUAUUCACCUUUCCCUAUAAACAAACUAUUUCCUAAAUGAUGCUAAUUUAAAGGGAUGAAGUAGUAAUGUUGUUUGUAUCAUAUCAUGAACCCCAUUGAAGCAUAAAGGAUUUCUUAGAUUACUAGAAUUCUUUAUAUAAAAUUUUCUUUAAAUUCAUGUAUGUUCUUUGCUUUUAGAACUAGUGUGACCGUGUGAGUAGGUAUUUUGUUGGACCAAAAUAUCAAAAUCUUCAGUUCCGUAUGGUGGUUAACCUUGUACAUUUACCUGUUCGAUCCCUGGGUGGAUGACUUAUGAUACUAUUAGUUUUAGAAGGGGUUGCACAUUUGCAAUCUCUGGCUGUAUACAAUUAGUUUUUAACAUCGAGUUUGCGAUUGAUUGGAUCAUGAUGCAUGUGGUAGACUUCUGCAAAAGCUUUUCUUAUCCAAUGUUAAAAUUUUGGUGAUAUUUACUAUUAUUUUGGUUUAAGCUACAAAUGUUCU